CGCAUAUUGACGUACUGGCCACGGGGAAGGCACGCGGAUUAUACACAACUGGACGAGGAGUCAGCGAUGCAGAACAAGAGUUAUGAAUUGAUAUCAGUUAGUGCCUCUACUUCUACUUCUCUUCAGCUAUUAAAUUUGGAUGUGAUGACUUAUCAAAUGAAACGCACAUCGGCAUCGCGUCUUCAUGUUGAAUGACAUAUUUCUCUGUGAAGACACACUCAGAGCAGUACUAGUGGUCCACUCAGUCACAACUGUAUCCUCUAAAAAGGAAAGAACUCGAGAGAAACUUGCUGGAGGGGAGCAACGUGCAGUUCCUGCAGGACAUGACGACCAGAGACACCGCCGAGGCACCAAAAAUCAAAUCCCGCAUACUGUCGUGUUUUGGCCACGACGUGAACGCUGAAAAACCAAGGGAGAAUCAACUUUAA